UUCAGUUUUCGGGCGGCGAGGGGUUCGUGCACACGUCCUGAGUGAUCUAUCAGGAGGAGCAGCGGUCCAAGGAUUGUGUCUGUGAACUAUGGUGGAGCCUGAGGCUGACCUGGUGAAUCUGAGAUAAACAAACUGGGGGAGACUGAGAAAGUCACCGAUCGGCAGAGUUCACGUGAAAGUGAAGACAGAGAGAGAGAGAGAGAAAGAGAGACUUUGAGAAAAGGUCUGCAGGAUAAGAAUAUUAGGACAAUGGGUGAAGUGAGUGCUAAUUCGAGUGAAAAUGCCACAGAGAAGAUGAAUGGUGACAUAAAUGGUGGAUGUGAUGAGGAUGAAGCUAUGGAUGUGGACUCGCAGUCGCAGGAUGAGUCGGUGACGACGUCGCUGAAGGAGCAGAAUAUUGAGGAGGUGACGACGGCCGAUGAGGACAAUGACGAGAGCACUGUGGACUCACAGACGCACGAUGAGGAUCCACUUGGCGGUGGAGAGUCCACAGGACCGGCGAAUCCCUCCGAGGAUGCUGCGAAGAGUGCUGACGACAGUGAGAAGAUCAAUGGUCACGGCACAGAUGAUGAUGCCGUAAUUAUCCAUUCAGAUUCAGACAGCGAUGUUGUGGCCACUGAUCUGACUGACUGUGAGAAAGACAGGAAUGGCACGGAAGUGCAUGAGAUUCUGAGCGACAAGGAGGAUUGUGUGGUGAUUGAGGACAGCAAGGAUAUGAGGAGGAGUGGAAGACAGAGGAAAUCCAUGGUCAAGGUGCGAGACUACUCAACUUAUGACGAUGAUGAUGUUGAGGAGAUUCUGGAGGAUCCACUCACUGAUCGUCCCAUGCUGAAGAAGCCCAAGAUGCUGCCUCAAGACUUGUCUGUGACGCCAGUGAGUCGCAUGUCGUCGGAUUCAAAGGGACAAAAAGAGCCCACAUUGGUGAUUAUCGACACAAAUACGAUGUUGAAUAGCCGCACGGCGGGUAAUUCGAUGAUGCAGAGCAUCAAGAAUGCUUCAUCGGUGGUGAACUCCUCGAGUAGCACAACGUCUGGGUAUUCUGUGAUGCCGGUGGGUGUUCCGGCGCAGGGUGUUUAUCCGCCCAACAUCAGGGCGACUAUCACACCAGUUGCACCGACAACGUCCUCCAUGUCGAAGAACUUGACACCCCAGGCGACGAUGCAGCCACCAGUGCUACUGCCAGCGCUCACGGAUGACAUGUUCGUCCUGGAGGCGCCGUCAUUUAUUGUGCCCUACAUCUACGAGAAGCCGCCGGAGGAUGAUCUGAAGGAUGUGGUGCAGAAGAUGGGCGUGGAGUUGGAGGAGCUGCGCAAGAAAGAGGACGCGGAGGGCGGUGAGCACAGCGAUGAAUCAGACGCUGAGGCUGGCGGCAAGGAGGAGGCGACCAAUGUGGAGAGUGAGAAGAGUGCCAAGAAGAGCUCGAGGAGGAGGCGAAAGAAGAAUCCUGAUGACUCGUGGGAUGAGAGUGACACUUCCACGGAUGAAGAGGCGUCAGACUCCGAGGAGAGGACCAAAGUGCUGAUCAAGGAGGCGAAGGAGGAUCUCGACUGCAUUAAGAAGCACAUCAUAACGCCGGAGAGCGCCAAGGCGAGCGCUGCAGCGACGGAAGCGGCCAAAAAACCGUCUGAUAACUACUUUGAGAGUCCACUGGGACAGUUCUUCAUGACAAUAGGGAUUAAUCUGGUGCAGGAGCACGUGCAGACGGAUCUAUUGCGACUACAGAAGAAGAAGCGCAAUCAGGACAGCGCUCGAUUGGGUCAAAUUCAGACGGCCAUCAAUUCCCUGAUGAAGAAUCUUGAGAUUAGCAAGGUGAAGAAUGAGCCGUUCAAGUUCGACAUGAAGCGUUGUGAAUUCUGCAAUUUCAAGACAGAAUCCGCACUUGCUAUGGCCAAUCACUAUGAGAAGCCUCACUUCAAGAACAAUCUCUUUACGUGCAACUUCUGCCAGUUCAGCUCGCGCCUCAUGCACGACAUCAUGUUUCACAUGGAGGCGGUGCACAAUAUAAAGUGCAAGAUGGAGAAGGCACUGCCGUACCACGUCUGCCCCAAUUGUCCCUUCGAGGACAACGGCAAGUCCAAGAUGGCCAGGCAUGCGCUCAGCUGUGCGAAGAAGUUUGUGCCUGAGAUGAAUUUAGCGCCGCCCGUGGAUUGGGAGCCUCCGGCGAAGAUUCCCAGGAUCAAGCCGAGGCACGGACUGGUGGGAACGGCCACGGCUUAUCAGCAAAUGGCAGCUCAGCAGCAGCGCGCCCAGGCUGUUACAAUGCCGCGGCUCAGCAUAAAUCCCGUUAGUGCGAUGCGAGGACGAGGGCGACCGCAAACAGUUACCAAUAAGACACCAGUUGGAACCGUGUUACGUGGCAAUUCCACCACAAUGAGACCUAUUCUGCCCACUGGAAUGGUGCUCUCCAAUAACUAUCAGAUGGGAUCCACGCAGAAUGCAUCGAUGAUGCAACAGGUGGCGUCCGCGACGAGCAAGACGAAGAGUAUGCAGCAGCAGCCGAGCAUUUCGAUCACGCCUUUGCCGCGCCAAGGCAGCACGACGAUGACGCCGGCGGCAUUGCAGGCGGCGGCAGCGGCCGCGGCUGCAUCCACUGCGAAGAAUCUGAAGCCGGGUCAACAUCCGGGCGCGAGUGGGGGCAAAUCGACGUUCGUCAUUUGCGAAAUAUGUGAUGGAUACAUUAAGGACUUGGAUCAGCUGAGGAGUCACAUGCAGUGGAUUCACAAAGUGAAGAUUCAUCCAAAGAUGAUCUACAAUCGACCACCGCUGAAUUGUCAGAAAUGCCAGUUUAGAUUCUUCACGGAUCAGGGCCUCGAGAGACACUUGCUCGGCUCUCAUGGUUUGGUUACAAGUUCCAUGCAAGAGGCUGCAAAUCGUGGCCAAGACUCUGGACGGUGUCCCGUUUGCGGAAGGGUGUACCAGUGGAAGUUGCUUAACCACGUGUCACGAGAUCACAAUAUGACGUUGAAGCCGGCCCAUCUGUCCUACAAAUGCACCGUGUGCACGGCGACAUUUGGGAUGUACAAGCAGUUUGAGAAUCACGUAUACUCGGCCCACAGCACAGUGGCGAAGAAGGCGAUGGACGGCAAGAAGGGCAGCUCGUCGUCUUCAAUGGGUGGAUCACACUCGAAGAGCGGCAGCUCGUCAAGCAGCGGAGAUUCUCUGCUGAAGCCCCUAAAGAUCAACGAUGAGAUCACAAUUAUUCCUCAGCCCGCCACGAAGCCCGGCAAAUCGCAUCCCAUGGAGAUUGAGAGUCAUGUUAUAGAUUAAAAGAAUUCCAAGAGAAGGUGGAAGGACAAAAUGCCGAGAAAUUCCUCAAGCUGUGUUUUAUAAUAAUACAUUUUAAGGUGAAUUUGAAGAGAGCGAGAAUGCGCGUGUGUGAUGGGAAAUGCAGAAAAGUCUACUCCAAUACUUCGUGUGCGAUCCAUCGGGAGCGAACAGAAGGAUAAUAAUCUUACAAAUAAUUAUUUAACUCCUCUAUUAUGUCUAGGUAAUUACAAUAAAAAUCUAUUUUAAAACUAGCAAAAAAGCGACAGAACAGAUUUGAUUAUAAGGACAAUUUAUUAUGGGGAUUGUAUUGCCAAAUUGGCGGAUUUAUUUCCCUUCGAUUUUCUGUCUUUGGAUUUGGUUUCAAGUGAGAAAAAAAAUGCGUGAAAUGUGUGAACACAAUUUCUUUUUCUUCUGUAGAACAUUGAUUUUGCAUUGUUUUGUGGAAAUUUUUGAAUUUCUUUCUUUUGGUAACUUGUACUUUGCUGACACAGGAAUAAAAAUAGUCAAGAUAGCAAAUGGAUAUAAUUGCAGCUGAAGCGAGGAGUAAUAAACGAUGCAGUAAAUAGUUAGAGUGCCUUGAAAAUGAGCGCACCCCACAAAAAUAAUCACAACCAGUUCAUGUAAAAAUAGAGAAAAGCCAAAUUUCAAUCUGUUUUUAUCUCUUCUGCUAAAAACUUUCGGAAGAUGUCCAUGUUUUCCUUAAUUUUAACAUAAAUUUCAUUUAUUUUAACUUGAAUGUUGAUAUUCUAGGACACAGGAAAGAUAAGGGAGAUAAAAAAGCUUAUGAUGAGAUGUAGAAAAAUGCUUUUUAUGUUUAUAUACUGGGCAAAAAAAGAGAGAAGUACGAUAGAAUGUAUUAAAAAGGCAGGUGUAAAUAUAUAAUGAUCUUACGACAGGCUGACAAAUGGCGCAAAAUCCAUUUGCAGAUAGAGAAAAAAAAGAACAAGAUUCCGUGUGAGACUAUUAAAAUAAAUCUCACCUCUCGUGGAUAUUAAUUGACAGAGAGAGAGAGAGAGAGAGAAAGAGAUAGAAAGGGAGAAAGAAGACGAGGAACUAGACAUUAAUAUAUAAGUUAUAAUUUAAUUUAUUAAUUUCCCGAAGAUUGUAUCUUUCUCAUAUUUUACAAAUAUGUAUUUAAAGAAAAAUUAGAAAUUAUGAGACAUCCUAAACAGGGAGGGUAAAAGUUGUAAAUCAUAUGAGAAGAAAAUACUUUGAUACGACAAGGAUAAUGAGAGAAAAUGGAAAAAACAUUAAGGAAACUGAUUACACUGAAGUGAUGUUCAUUUGAAUCUUUGUAUUCUCGAUCCCUCCCCGACAUUCGUAAUAAUAUUUAAUCAGUAAAAGAGAAUGAGAGAGAGGAAAAGAAACACUUUUUUAUGCUAACAAGGAAAUUAUUUCCCCCGAAAGUGAAGAAAAUGGAUAUACAGAAAAAUUUACAAGUCAAUAAGUGCAGAAAAUUUAGAUAGAAAACACUCAUGUAUAGAAAAUAAAAGAAAUGAUAACAGGACAAA